AUGAAAGGCGAGAAACGCAGAAAUUAUGACUCUUCACGCUUCAAGGAGGCUUAUAUGAAAGUUAUAAGGAAUAAUUGGUCAGCGUACAAGGCGUCGAAGGAAUAUGGCAUACCGUGGUCUACUUUGAGAAGACACAUAGCUACUCAUGGAGGUGAAAGUUUCGACUUACCUAAACUUGGGAGACCACUCACAUUAGACAGCGACCUUGAAUGUAAGUUUGUUUCCUACAUAAUUAAAAUGCAAGAACUAGGAUUUGGUCUCAGCGUCACAGACAUCAAAGCUAAAUGUUACGCUUUAGCAGUCUAA